AUGUCGUGGAAUCCUCCGGGUGCCCCUCCAUACGGACAAACGAGACCUACUUUUCCUACUCCACCACAGCAAAGGCCUGGUUACCAAGCGCCUUCAACUCUUACGCCCAGAUCAAUGCAAAUUUUCCCUCCGGGACAGACCCCACCCCUUCCUUCCACAACUACACGCGUUUGGACCGAGCACACUUCUCCAGAUGGUCGUACAUAUUACCACAACGUUGUGACGAAGGAGAGCAUUUGGGAUAAACCGGAUGAAUUGAAAACGCCCGAGGAGAAAGCGUUGGGCUCUUGUCCUUGGAAGGAGUUCACUUCGGAAGGUGGUCGUAAAUAUUAUUACAAUUCUGUCACUCAAGUAUCAAAAUGGGAAAUGCCCGCUGAAUAUAAAGAAUUUCUCGAAAAACUCGAAAAAGAUCAAAAAAAUAAAGAAUCCACUUCUCAGACAGCAGUUUCUCCGAGUCAACAAGAUUUUGAACGAGCGCGUCAAUUAAGUAUACCGGCGGUUAGUCCUGUGAAUGUGACUCCAAUAAGUACGCCCGUCAGGCCGCACGUGCCGAUUUUGCAUACUCAACAACCUGAGCAACCAAAGAUUGAAUUUGAAACCAAGGAAGAGGCUGUGGCUGCAUUUAGGCAGUUACUCAAGGAUUCGGGUGUUAAACCUGAUUGGUCUUGGGAGCAAACCAUGAGGGCAAUAAUUUCGAAUCCCAUGUAUCGAGCAAUCAAGACCCUAACAGAACGCAAACAAGCAUUUCAUGAUUACGUGGAUGAAAUGCGUAAAAAGGAGGAGGAAGAGAAGAAAGCCAAGAUCAUUAAGGUCCGUCAAGAUUUCAUCUCAUUGUUAGAGUCACAUCCCGAAGUCAAUUCGUCAACGCGUUACAGGAAAGUAUGUGAAGUACUUGGCGAAGAACCUGCAUUCUUGGCAGUGGAAGAUGAAAGAUUACGCGAGGAGAUAUUCAGCGAAUAUAUUUAUGACCUGCGAAAACAAGAGAAGGAAAUCCAACGGGCGGUUCGUAAAGAGAACAUGGAAAAAUUUAGUCAUCUCUUGAAAUCCCUUUUGAGUAUCACUGAAUCCACACGAUGGACUGAUGCGCAAAGUGUAUACACGAAUGCUCCUGAAUAUCAGCAAGACAAAAAACUUCAAGAGAUGGACAUGCUGGAUUUUUUGGCAGUCUAUGAGGAACACAUCCGAUCCUUGGAACGAGAGACCGCCGAGAAGAAAAAAAAGGAGAUGGAGACGCAAACCAGACAGCAGCGUAGGAAUCGGGAUGCCUAUCGAGCUUUGAUGGAAGAACUGAGACAAAAAAAUAUAAUCACCGCGAAAUCUAAAUGGAAGGAAAUCUAUCCAGUUAUUCAUGAUGACGAGCGCUACCUGAACAUGCUUGGGCAGCCCGGGUCUAGUCCACUGGAAUUAUUUUGGGACGUUGUCGAAGAACUCGAUGAGAUUUUGUAUCAACAACGUAAAGUUGUGUCCGAAGUGUUGAAGGCAAAAGAUCUCACACUAAAUCCGGGAGUUACUUUCGAGCAAUUUCAAUACACACUCGGUUCGGAUGAACGUAUUAUUUCGGUAAACGAAUUCAAUUUAAAGGUCAUUUUUGAACAGCUUCAAAGAAAACAAGAGAGACGACAGCGUAGAAAGUUAGAUGCUUUUAGAUCUGUCUUCAAAAAUUUCGAGACGAUGAUUACACCCGAGGCAACUUGGGAACAGGUGCGUCCGGUGGUUGAGAAAACCGAAGAGUUUCAUGCAAUCGAGUCGGAGGAACAGCGCAUCGAAGUUUUUAACAAAUUUAUGGAUCGCGUCAAAGAAAAACUCCUCAGGAAAGGUGGUGAAGAAAGCGAAGAGGAAGAGGGAACGAUCAAAGAUGACGAUCUCGAGGAUGAUAAACAUGCAUCGUCAGAUCGUAAAAGAAAGCACAAAAGUCAUCGGUCAUAUCACCAUCGACGAUCGCAUCAUUACUCAGAUUACUCGGCCGACAGUGCCGACUAUUCUGAUAAGGAUAGGGAUGGUGGUGAUAGACGAAAGCGACGAAAGCCUAAAACCAAGUAUGAAAGUAGAUAUGUAGAGUCUAGAUAUCAAGAUCACGACAGAUUUACAGAGCCGAAGCGAGAUCAUGUACCACGUUCAUCACGGUCGCCUAAACCCCAGGAUUAUAAAUCAUAUUCUCCGAAAUCGGAAGAACAUUAUAAAAAUAAUUCCCCUCAACCUAAUGAAUCUUUUAAAAAUCUUAAAAUUCAAUCACCAAAACAAGAUGAACCACAAUUAAUGGAAGUUAGCAAACACGCAGAUUCAAGCGCGGAAGAAGGCGACUGUGAGCAAAUUCUUGAAUUCAAUGAAGAAUGUGGCUUUGGGAAAUUUGGAUUCGCGAAAAUAGAAGGUGAGAACUAG